GUGGGUCCUCCGCCUCCUCCUGCUGCUGCCUCCGCUGCUGCCUCCUCCUUCCCCACCUCCUCCGUCAGGCGGGCGUCUGCGGGGACCCGAGGGGCGGCGGCGGCGGCGGCGGCAGCGGCAGCAGCGAUAUGGAGCUGGGGGCCGGCGACCGAAGCGCUGCUCGCGGGCAAGGGGCCGGACCCCCGAGCACUCCGCCGCCCCGCGAGCAGGAGCGGAAGCUGGAACAGGAGAAGCUCUCCGGCGUAGUGAAGAGCGUUCACCGGCGGCUCCGCAAGAAGUACCGUGAAGUGGGAGAUUUUGAUAAGAUCUGGCGCGAACAUUGUGAGGAUGAGGAAACACUUUGUGAAUAUGCUGUUGCAAUGAAAAAUUUGGCAGAUAAUCAUUGGGCGAAAACUUGUGAGGGCGAAGGUCGCAUUGAAUGGUGUUGUAGUGUAUGUAGAGAAUAUUUCCAAAAUGGUGGGAAGAAAAAAGCACUUGAAAAAGAUGAAAAAAGAGCUGUACUCGCCACUAAGACCACUCCAGCCUUAAAUACGCAUGAGUCUUCUAAACUUGAAGGUCAUUUAACCAACCUCAGCUUUACAAACCCUGAAUUUAUAACUGAGUUGCUACAAACCUCAGGAAAGAUCAGAUUACUUGAUGUUGGCAGCUGCUUUAACCCAUUUCUCAAGUUUGAAGAAUUUUUAACUGUUGGGAUAGACAUUGUACCUGCUGUUGAGAGUGUUUAUAAAUGUGACUUCCUGAACUUACAGCUUCAGCAACCACUCCAGCUUGCACAGGAUGCUAUAGAUGCCUUUUUGAAGCAACUGAAAAACCCCAUUGAUUCUCUUCCUGGAGAACUUUUUCAUGUGGUUGUUUUCUCUCUCCUCCUUUCCUAUUUUCCAUCACCUUACCAGCGAUGGAUAUGCUGCAAGAAAGCUCAUGAACUGUUAGUAUUAAAUGGUUUAUUGCUUAUCAUCACACCUGAUUCCUCCCAUCAAAACCGUCACGCUAUGAUGAUGAAAAGCUGGAAGAUUGCUAUAGAAUCCCUGGGCUUUAAACGUUUCAAGUAUUCAAAAUUUUCACAUAUGCAUCUGAUGGCAUUUAGAAAAAUCUCCCUAAAAACCACAAGUGACUUGGUUAGUAGGAACUACCCAGGGAUGUUAUAUAUUCCUCAAGAUUUCAACAGUAUAGAAGAUGAGGAAUACUCUAACCCUUCCUGCUAUGUUCGAUCAGAUAUAGAAGAUGAACAACUAGCUUAUGGUUUCACAGAGCUCCCUGAUGCUCCAUAUGACUCAGAUUCUGGAGAAAGUCAAGCCAGCUCUAUUCCUUUCUAUGAGCUAGAAGAUCCCAUAUUACUUUUAAGUUAAUGUAAAAGCAAAAGGUCCUUUCAGUCCAGACUCCCAAACUAACUGCUUACACUAAUCAUAAAUACUAACAUGAACUCAGUACUUAACCUGGUUUGCAUAGAAGAAAUGCAAGGGUUUACAGAGUUUGCUAUUUUUUUCUACUUCCGGAUUUUAAAAUUUAUUCUUAUACGGAAAGCUUAAAGUUUCAUGCAGAGUGACUCCAGUCAUAGCAGAAACCACUGUUACUGUAGCAUUUAGCACUAAGAUAUCAUAGAAAGGUACCUUUUACUCUUUAGUGCUAUUGUGAAAACGAAGCAUAAUUUGCUAUGUAGUUUCUUUUUUUUUUAAUCUUUCAAUGUUGAGUUUAAACCAUUGCAAUGAGAAACUUAAAGAUAUGUAGAAAGCUGUAGAUUGCACUUUGAUGACUCACAAGUUAAAUGUGACACAGGUAGAUUGGCUUAGCUGUUUUUGUGACGCACUUAAUUCUUUUUUUCUAACUAAAUUGUUAUCUGUUACAGAAAGUCAUUUUCUGUUCAGUUUUGUCUGAUGAAUCCAGUAUUUCUUGAACAUUUUUGGAAUGGAUAAUUCUUUUACCUUCUUCCUUGCUCAUUUGGCAGCAUCAGACAUUGGGGCAGAGAUUUCCCCAGAAGUAUAUAUUUUAACUUCAUCAGUACAGUACAAUAAACACCAUUGCCAAAGUAAAAUUUUCAUGUAUUUCUUGUUGAUUUGGGCCUUGGUGUUUAGUAUAUUUAACUGUGAGAUUUCACUUUUACCUUUUUUUAAAUUUAGGUUUCAUUUACAAAAUUUUCUAUUUAAGUGAGGAAUGAUGUAAUAUUCGAACUAACCUAAAACACCUUUGUGAAGGGUUUGCACUUGUAAGAGACCAACUUUGAAUAGGGUUCUCACCUUUCUCUUAAGGAGGUGCUGCACUACAAGUCUGGAAUUAUAUUAAAAUUUUAAAAUUAACCUGCUGGUAAUUUCAUAAAAUGGUUUUGAAGUUUGGUGUUCUAAUUUCUGCUUAAAUCCUACCAAAAUUUUUUUUCCUUUGAAUAUAUAAACUAUUAGUUGGCCGUGGGAAUUUUCCCUUUCCACAUUGAUAAAUGCCUUUCUGUGUUUCUGAAUCAGAAGCAAAUGAUUAAGAGAAAUAUUUGUCCAAACAAGACAAGAUUAGUUUAAAUAGCUAAGAACAUUUAGUCCACAUUGUCUUGUCAGCCAGCAAUUGUCAUGUAAACUAUCAUUUUUAAGAGUGCCACUGUGUGGAUUUUUUUUUCAAGUGGUUAUUACAUUAAAAUUACCUCAUACUGAGGUUUUUGCACUGAAAUAUCACAGUUUCAGAUUUCAUGGUUAAUGUUUUGUGCGUGUGUAUGUGUGUUUUUAAAGGAAACUUGCAUUUUCAAUAGCUGAUCUAAAUUUCAUAAACUGCACUUCUUUAUUCUGAUGUUUUUGUGCUUAUUGUGAAUUGUUGUAGUUAACUUUGACUGUCAAACUUCAUUAGAAAUGCAAAAUUUACCCAUUGAGAUAUAAAUUGUUGUGUGUACCCAAUAUCUCAAAUUAAAUUUCAUGUUCUAAAUUAAUGGAAGUAACAAGAUUAUAGUUAAUGUCAGUUGACUGAAUGCAAUAAAUAUGCCAGAAGUAACUUGAAUUUUUUCAUUUACUUUCAAUAGCAUAAGAUCUCUUAAUAAUUAUAAUUGACUUUUUUUCCAAAUAAGCACUACAGGUCAUGUCUUGUAACUAUGCCAAAAGAGGAAAGAAAACACACUGUUGAAGAUAACACAAACUUGUUUUGGUAAUCCCUUGUAAUACACUAUACCAUUGUGUUUGUUUUUUACUAUUAUUAAAUGCUAUUUUAAGGGCAAAGAAAAUAAUACAUCAAACAAAAGUGCUUUGAAAGUAAAUGAAAACAGUGCAUUUUAGAGGCUGGUGUAAGAAUGACCUGGGAGUCAACCUUUGUGUUACAGCUAAAAUGUUGGUGCUAUAAAUUCUUCUGAUUGUUUACAGAUGUCGAUUCUGCAUAUGCCCCAAAGUGUGCAUGAUGUAUUUUAAGUAGUACUUUAAAAAAAGUCUCUUUAUAAAACCUACACCCACUUAGUAUAAAUUUGUUUCGAUUUAAAAGUAUCAUUUGUUACUGUAAAUUCAGUUCAUCCAAAUUAGGUUGGCACAGGAUUUAAACUAAUACAUGUUCCACCAAAGCCAAUUCAAUGUAUGUGUUAAAAUAUAAGCAGUCAUAUGGCUUGAUGCCAGAUUGUAUAUGUUAUGACAAUAGAAGUUAAUAGAGUCUUCUAAUACUGUAUGGGUACUCUUGAAAAUGAUUUUAUUUGAAUAUAAAGAAGUUAAGAGGCCUCCAACCACUUCACAAUAGGAUCCUCCAAGAUAAUUUUGUGUUUCAAAAGCAAAUGAUCAUUUGGUUGGAUUCUUCAGGAUCAUGACUAGAUCAGGUGGUUUAUAUCAUAGUUGCCAAGUGAUGGGAGGUGGCAUACCUGAAAAAUGUAUGUUUGUGUUUGUUGUAUUUUUUCACAUUUUGUGAACAAAGCACAUUUAUUAAAAAUUUUAAAUUUUCUA